GUACUGUACACUAAAUGGAAUGCACAAGGACAUUCGCUGUCCUAUUUGUUAGCCUCAUUCUAAUCAAUUCUAAUCACCCACACACUCAAUUAUCAAAUUGGCUGUUAACUAGCAGUAUUAUUCUAAUAAAGACAUACGACUCAGCGAAGCCACCGUUGUACAUGGUAUCUAGGCGAGUCCCUACGACUGCAUGCAUCGCGACAUGUCUAUCUAAGUAAAGAACACUCAACCAUCUCAUCCGAAUUACAGUCAAACGCUCAACGGACCACGUCGGCAAUGAAACUUAUGACGCAAAAAAUCUUCGUUCUGCUCGCAAUCUGCGUGCUCUCCACGUAUGCAGCAACCGUGUCGAGCUCUUCUAGUGCUACCUUUGACCACGACAUGAAAGUGAAGGCAGUGGAGAGGCUCAUUUUGAGCAAAUUGAUGAUGACACAGCCGCCUGCUGUCACAGCCCGGCAACUGCAAAGUGUCACUCAACGGUCCUUCAACGCGUACAACAUGACAGUAAAGAUGAAUGCGAGAAAGAUGAUGAAACGCAAGAAAGACGGAGGAGACCAAUACUACGCCACAACGACCGUUUCUUCAUCUGUGAUGGAACUAAGCGGUAGCGUGUGCGGUAAUAAGGUAGAAAGUAAGUUUUAUCAAUGCAACAGUGAUAGACUACCGACAACAAACGCGGCCAUCAAAACCGCACUGCUGCAGUUGUAUUACAACCCGCUCACCGCCCGCCGUCAGGACAUCAUCAUAUCUGCCUACCAGUUGACCGAAUCGUGUACGAGGAGAGGCGGUUACAACAGAAUUCUACUCGACACCAAACGCCUCACUUGCACCCGCAGUGAUUACGUCGAAUUUGAUAUAACACGAGCAGUCAAAACGUGGGCAACCCGGAAGUCGGAAAAUUAUGGAAUCGAGGUCGAGGUAGUCAGUGACGGAUGCAACCGGUCACCCUAUAGAUACACCACCACGCCUUAUAGUAUGUACCUCCAGCCUAAUGGUAGCAACGUUCCUCUUGAGCGGAGACCGACGCUUUUUGUCACAUCAGACAUCGGGUAUUCUGUUUAUACUACGAGGGGUCGUCGUCGGAGACAGACUCUCGACUCUCGUUUCUGCAAGUCUCUCCAUCCCAAGAACACAAAUUGCUGUAUUCGAGAUUUCAAGCUCAAUCUAAAAAAAGACCUCGACUGGGACUGGAUUGUGCAGCCAAAGGUCAUCAAUGUGAACCAAUGCUCCGGCCUUUGUCCACCAACGUGGGCAGACGAUGCCAAUCACACUCAGAUCAUCAACCAAUUCCGUACGCUGAAUCCGGCUGGAUCUGUGGCUCCCUGCUGCACACCAAAAACAUUCGAAGACGUCGAAAUCAUGUACUUCAACGGUAUCAGUCGUCGACCGGUUAUGGGCACGCUCAGUAACAUGAUAGUCACGUCGUGUGUAUGCGCGUAGAGGGAGUUAUAGACAAUUUGCGUAUGUAUAGAGAGACGCGUGGCUUUAAUAGAGAGUUAGACAUGUUUGCCAAUCCUAUACUCGAUCACCUCAACGAGUUGGAUAAAUUUUAACUUAACCAAGUCUAGUGUGUUAGUAGACGACACUCUUUGUAGACAAAUGAGAGUCAAUAAAUGAGUGUUGGUCUAA